AGUCAGAUUGAGGAUUGUAACAUGCCGACAAAAUGGGUUUAGUGGAAAUAAAAGAGACAUACAAAAGUCCUAUAUAAAUUUAUUAUAAAUGACCAAUUUAGAAAGUAAACUACAUUUCAUCUGACAGACUUCCCCAGAGUCAAACUAAACAACUAUAUUUUUUAAUUUGUGAAAGAGAAGAGCAAUGUCACUUAAUUUUUUGGUGACUAAACCAGAGGUGAAUAAGUCAUGGCUAGCACUGCCCUCUUCUAUGUGACCUACGUGUUCUGCCUGGCCCUGGGCCUGCUGUGUGUGGUUUGUGCUGCCUACUGGAGUUCCCGCUGGCGUGGUGGCUUUGCAUGGGACGCCUCGGCGCUGCAGUUUAACUGGCACCCUGUUCUCAUGGUAACUGGCCUUCUGGUACUCUGUGGAUACGCGGCGAUUAUGUACCGUGUGCCGUUCACAUGGCAACACAAGAAGCAGAUCUGGAAGCUGGUGCACUCUGGUCUGCUGUUGUCUUCCCUGCUGCUGUCCACCCUGGGCCUGUGUGCUGUGUUUGACUUCCAUUCUGGCUACCACAUCCCUGACCUGUACUUCCCCCACAGCUGGGUGGGCAUCUCCACCACCUUCAGCGUUUAUUCCAGGGCAACACUGGGUCUGGGAGUCUUUAUGAUGCCAUGCUCCCCCUUGGGGUUGCGUAAACUCCUGAAGCCGGUCCACGCAUGGAUGGGAGGAGCCAUCUUCAUCCUCAGUGUGCUCUCCUGCCUCUCUGGCAUCAAUGAGAAGCUGCUCCUUACUCUUAACGGAAGCACUGCCGAGGCUUACUCAACUCUGCCUCCCGAGGCUGUUUUUGCUAAUUUCCUCGGGAUACUGAUAGUGGCUUUUGGGUAUCUCAAGUGA